AUGCUAGCCGCCAACAUUCAAAUCCUAGCCAUGCUGGCUACCUUCGCCCUCUACGCCAUCCACUGCUCCCUCACCAUCAUGAACGCAAAAUUCCACUUCAGCAUCGUCUCGGCUGCCCUCACGGGCGAGCCUUUAACCCUAAGACUUUCGACAAAUCAGAUGAACUCGCGCCACAAAGCGUUCUUUAUGAUGGUACACAUGCAUCAGCUUUUCAUGUCUGUGGUCGGUGUUCUUGGGAUACUUAUGACAAUGUUUGUCGUGGGAAAGCUGUUGGACAAGGAUUAUCGGGCGCGUACGCUGCGGGCUCUGGUGAAGCUGCGCGUUGUUGGUAGUGGUACUGGGAUCGCUAUUGACGGGUACUUUGAGAAGGUUGGGAAUGCCAACUCGGCGCUUUUCAAGGAUAUCGAGGAAGGGGGAGGGUUGCGGCGGAUGGUCAUCGUGAAUGAGCGGCAGACGGCCAGCAAAGCAGAAAUUCCUAUGAAACUGUGGAUCGGGUUUUACCAUAUGGUCGUUGGGCUCAUAGGUGGUUAUAAGUAG